AUGGAUGAAUUCGAUGAAAUAGCAUAUAAAAAAGAAAAGGAAGAUUGGGUUACUGGUCACAGCGGUGGCUCUAUGUGGGAAAUUAACUUUGUCACCGGAGUUAUUUUAUCAUCGUAUAUUCUUUGGUCAGCUCUAGCAAAGUAUACAAAAGUAUUUAAUUAUGCAGCAAAUGAUAUAGGAACUUUAAUUUUAGAAUUCAUGAUCAUAGUACUACCAAGUCCAACUAAAGAAGAACAAGAGGCGCUAAAGAAAAAGAGUAAAUGGGAAAAAGGAUCAGAUGACGAAGAUGGUUUGGAAGGGUUGCUAAUUAAAGAAGGAUUGGAUGGAAUUGACGGUGAAAAUUCUAAAAUCAAAUUAAAUAAUAGGAAACCUUUUCUUAGCGUUUAUAGAGCUAGCAUGAUGAUGUUAACUUGUAUAUCCAUUUUGGCGGUUGAUUUUUUUGUUUUUCCGAGAAGAUUUGCAAAAUCUGAAACAUUUGGAACUUCUUUAAUGGAUUUGGGAGUUGGAUCUUUUGUAUUUUCCUCAGGCAUCGUAGCUGCAAAACCAUUCUUAAAGAGACCCGAGAAUAGAUUUAAACCACUGAAAGGGCAGCUAGUAAAGGCUGUAAAGCAAUCCUUUCCGAUUUUAUCACUUGGAUUCAUAAGAUUAAUUAUGGUAAAAGGAGUUGAUUAUCAGGAACAUGUUACCGAAUAUGGAGUACAUUGGAAUUUCUUUUUUACACUUGGAUUCCUUCCUAUAUUUGUUACCUUUUGUCGGUCCUUACAAAAAUAUACUAGAUUCUCGAUUGUGGGAUUGUUCAUUGCUAUUUUUUAUCAAAUCGCGCUUUGGAGAUUUGGACUUGAGGAUUAUAUUCAAAAUGCGCCUCGUACAAACAUUAUUAAUGCAAAUAGAGAAGGGAUAGCUAGUUUUUUGGGAUAUUUGUCAAUAUUUUUAUUUGCAUUAGAUAUAGGACAUUACGUUUUACCAUUAGAUCCAUAUUUUGCUUUCAGACAAAAUCGUCAAACAAAGAAACCAAAACCAAAAAAAUUAUUAAUGAUAUUAUUUUCUUGGUCAAUAUUAUUUUGGACGGGAUUCGUAUUUACUUUAAUAUCAAAUAUAAAAGUUUCAAGACAAAUGGCCAAUUUAAGUUAUGUUUUUUGGGUGAUUUCUGUUAAUACGACUUUCCUUUCAUUAUUUCAAGCGGUUGAAUUAUAUUAUUUUACAAAUUAUUGGAAGGUGUAUGAAAAAACCGUGCCUAAUUUAGUUGAAGCUUUAAAUGAUAAUGGAUUAACAAUCUUUCUCGUG